GUGGGUUGAGGAUGCUGGGCCUCCCCCCCAAGCUCCCCACGCCUCCUCCUCAAGACACCUGCAUUCACAGGGCUGAGGGGUGGGAGCAGGGCUCUCUUCCUCUAGAACUCCCAUCCUCUGUACUCUUCUUAGGCCCCUCGAUUGGCCUGCAGCUGGGAGCAGAGUGGCGAGCAUGCAGGCAGGCAGUUGAAAAAGAGGAAGUCGACGUGCUGUUGGGCCACUCUGUGGUUAUCCGAGGCUCUACCCUUGGGCCAGAUCGAAACCCUGGCCAUAGGUCAUGGGGGCUGCAGGAGCUGGUAGCCAGGCUGGGUGCCUGCAGGUCGAAGAACCGAGCUCCAUCUGGCUCUGAGCCCAAGUCAUGUGUCCAGCCCUGUGACUCUGGAGCUGUGGCUUCGGCCACCAACAGCAGCAGUGGAUCCUGGAAACCUGAGAACCCAGACUUCUUCUCUGCCAUGGGGGAUGAUCAGGAGGAUGAUUUUCCCAGGCGGCUCAGCGAGAGUGCGGAGGACCUCAGCCUGGAUUUGGGGGCCCUUCAGGGCAGCGAGUAUCUGCAGGACCUGGGCCUUGGGGCCCCUUCCCACAGCCAGCCUGGGGAGGCCCCAGACAGCCGCGCCCCCAGUGAAGAACCAGGAAGGGAUUCUCUUUUCUCCAACUUGGCGGGGUCCCAGGACCUGUCAAGGCGGCGCAGCUGGGAAAGGUCGCGGAGCUGCUCAGAGGGCUGGCGGAGGCUCAGCCUCGAUGCCUCAGCUGUGGAUGAGGAACCCUGCCUCCCUCGAACACUGGCCAGCCUUGCUUUGAACCUGCCGGGAGGAGGGCUGAAGACUUGGACUCAAGAGUGUCUGUCUGGGGGCGGGACCCCUGCAGAGAGCCCAGGCAAAGAAUGUGACAGCCCCAAGAAAAGAGUGAGGUCAAGGUCCGUUCCUGUGUCCUCCUAUGAGAUCCGCUCCCCGGAAAUCUCUCCGGAUUUGGAAGUGCCUGCUCCACCUGUUCAAGGCCUGGAACCUCCAGUGCUGGAGUGCAUGGAAAAAGACCACGUGGAACCAGAUCACGUGCUGAUUGUCCAGCAGGUGCUUCAAGAACUUCGACAGUACCAUGGGGCCCGGCAGAGGGCUUGCAUGUCACCCAGCUCCGGAGAAGCCCACUCGAACCUGACCUGGUUUGAAUUCCUGUCGGAGAGCGAGGACAGUGCUGGCAAGAAUGAGAAGAGUGACAAGAGUACCAGCGUGAAGCGCAGGCUGAGCUGCCUCCGCAGUCGAGUGACCAGGCAGAAGGAGAAGGGGAAGAGCCCGGCACAUCUAAAGGACAAGGGCCAGGAUGCACGAGAGAGGCGGGAGUGUGUCAAUGGGCACCAGCUCGUGCAAGGGACCUUCUCCAGCCCCUCCAGCUGCCCCCUGUGUGGCAAACCCUUCUUGAGCUCGGCCUCGCUCAAGGAGAACCCCCGGGGCACCCUCCUGUCCGAUGGCAGCCCGGCCCUGUCCAGGAAUGUCGGUAUGACGGUCUCUCAGAAAGGGGGUCCCCAGCCAACACCGAGCCCGGCUGGCCCUGGGACGCAACUCGGACCACUCACAGGAGAGAUGGAUGAAGCCGAUUCUGUGCUUUUAAAACUUAAGCAGACAGCUGAGGACUCUCUGUCCCUCACAACUUCGAACGCCGAGUCCAUUUUUGUAGAAGAUCCCUACGCCGCCUCUCUGAGGAGUGAGAUUGAGUCAGACGGCCACGAGUUCGAAGCCGAGUCCUGGAGUCUCGCCGUGGACCCGGCCUACGCCAAGAAGCAAAAGAGGGAGGUGGUGAAGAGACAAGAUGUCCUUUACGAGCUGAUGCAGACGGAGGUGCACCACGUGCGGACUCUCAAGAUCAUGCUGAAGGUGUACUCCAGGGCCCUGCAGGAGGAGCUGCAGUUCAGCAGCAAGGCUAUUGGCCGCCUCUUCCCAUGUGCUGACGACCUGCUGGAGACGCACAGCCAUUUCCUCGCUCGGCUCAAGGAGCGCCGCCAGGAGUCCCUGGAGGAGGGCAGCGACCGGAAUUAUGUCAUCCAGAAAAUCGGCGACCUCCUGGUUCAGCAGUUUUCAGGUGAAAAUGGGGAGAGAAUGAAAGAAAAGUAUGGUGUGUUUUGUAGUGGCCACAAUGAAGCUGUUAGUCAUUACAAGUUGCUGCUUCAGCAAAACAAGAAAUUUCAAAACUUGAUCAAGAAAAUCGGCAACUUCUCCAUCGUGCGGCGGCUUGGUGUGCAGGAGUGCAUUCUCCUGGUUACACAGCGCAUAACCAAAUACCCAGUGCUGGUGGAGCGCAUCAUCCAGAACACGGAAGCUGGCACUGAGGACUACGAAGACCUGACCCAGGCCCUGAACCUCAUUAAAGAUAUCAUCUCACAAGUGGAUGCCAAGGUCAGCGAGUUUGAGAAGGGCCAGCGCCUCAGGGAGAUCGCAGGGAAGAUGGACCUGAAGUCCUCCGGCAAACUCAAGAACGGGCUCACCUUCCGCAAGGAAGACAUGCUUCAGCGGCAGCUUCACCUGGAGGGCAUGCUCUGCUGGAAGACCACAUCAGGGCGCUUGAAAGAUGUCCUGGCCGUCCUGCUGACCGACGUACUUUUGCUGCUACAAGAAAAAGAUCAGAAAUACGUCUUUGCUUCUGUGGACUCAAAGCCACCCGUCAUCUCGUUACAAAAGCUCAUCGUGAGGGAAGUGGCCAACGAGGAGAAAGCAAUGUUUCUGAUCAGCGCUUCCUUGCAAGGGCCAGAGAUGUAUGAAAUCUACACGAGCUCCAAAGAGGACAGGAACGCCUGGAUGGCCCACAUCCGAAGGGCUGUGGAGAGCUGCCCUGACGAGGAGCAGGGGCCCUUCAGCCUGCCCGAAGAGGAAAGGAAGGUGGUCGAGGCCCGCGCCACAAGACUCCGGGACUUUCAAGAGCGGUUAAGCAUGAAAGACCAGCUGAUUGCACAGAGCCUCCUAGAGAAGCAGCAGAUCUACCUGGAGAUGGCAGAGAUGAGCGGCCUGGAAGACCUGCCCCAGCCCCGAGGCCUAUUCCGUGGAGGGGACCCAUCCGAGACCCUGCAGGGGGAGCUAAUUCUCAAGUCGGCCAUGAGCGAGAUUGAGGGCAUCCAGAGCCUGAUCUGCAGGCGGCUGGGCAGCGCCAACGGCCAGGCGGAAGACGGAGGUAGCUCCACAGGCCCGCCCAGGAGGGCCGAGACCUUCGGGGGCUACGACUGCACAAACAGCCCCACCAAGAAUGGCAGUUUCAAGAAGAAAGUCAGCAGCACCGACCCCAGGCCCCGAGACUGGCGAGGCCCCCCAAACAGCCCGGACUUGAAGCUCGGUCACACUGACGUUCCUGGGGGCUCCGAGGAGUCGCCGCAGGAGGUACGUGGAUAUCCGUUUGCUCGGUACAGUCUGAGUCGUCGUAAGGAUUCAGGCGUUCUACCCACCGUCCUGGAGUUGGAGCUUGUCCAGCGGAUCCAGACACUGUCCCAGCUGCUCCUGAACCUCCAGGCGGUCAUCACCCACCAGGACAGCUAUGUAGAGACGCAGCGGGCAGCCAUCCUGGAGCGCGAGAAGCAGUUCCGGCUGCAGUCCACGCGUGGGAACCUGCUGCUGGAGCAGGAGCGGCAGCGCAACUUCGAGAAGCAGCGGGAGGAGCGCGCGGCCGUGGAGAAGCUGCAGAGCCAGCUGCGGCAGGACCAGCAGCGUUGGGAGCGUGAGCGCCAGCGGCAGCAACAGGAGCUGGAGCGUGCGGGCGCCCUGCUGCAGGAGCGCGAGGGCGAGGCGCGGCAGCUACGCGAGCGGCUGGAGCAGGAGCGCGCCGAGCUGGAGCGCCAGCGCCAGGCCUACCAGCACGACCUGGAGCGGCUGCGCGAGGCCCAGCGCGCAGUGGAGCGCGAGCGGGAGCGCCUGGAGCUGCUGCGCCGCCUCAAGAAGCAGAACACCGCGCCAGGCGCACUGCCGCCCGACACACUGACCGAGGUGAGCGCUCAGCAGCCAGUGUGCGCAGGUGGGGGUGACCGGUUUGCGCGUGCAUUUGCACGAGUGCAUGCAAAUGACAGGGUUCGCAGGUGCACGCAUGCAGGAGUAGUACUCAGAGCGCCUGAGGUGGGCUCGCCGGCGACAGUCCCCCCACCGAGAGGCCGGCUGGCCAAGAGCGAUGUGGCCCAUACCACAGCUGCUCAGCGCAGCCAACUCAUUUCCAGGAGGCAAGGCGGCUGCGUGCAGCAGAGCAGAUCCCACCAAGGCUGGCGGCCCCACGCAGGGAUGACAAGGACCAGAGGAGCGGGCAAGAGCCAGUGGACUCUCAAAGACGCUGGGGGUCCAGCGUCCUUCGACCUGAAGCAGCAGCUGCUGCUCAACAAGUUCAUGGGAAAGAUGAAACCCAGUCCACUUGGCAGCUUUGGCACCACCUGGCGACUGCUCAGUCUGGACCCCCUCUCUGUUCCAGACCCUGGCUUCCCCGCCCCAAGCCCACCACCAAGCUGACAGCCCCUCUGAGGGCUCUCUCUCAGGCCGGGGGCACAGCCCUCCUGCCCGGGCCCCAGUCCCUCGCCACUGCCGGCCACACCACUCACCAGGUGGCGUCGGCAGCAUCUGUCCCCAGAAUCAGGCAGAAUCCACUUCCCAAGCAGAGACUCACGCAGGUUCACUGUGAACCUCAGGGCCAGGGAAUGA